AUGGCUACCCGUUCUAGAACUCGCAAGUCUUCAAUUUCCCAGGCGUCCACCCCCCUUUCUGCCAAUUCAACUUCAUCCUCAAAGGCUCCAUCCGCCUCAUCUUCAUCAACCUCGCUUUCAUCUAUGGCGCCAGUCAAUGAGAAAUCCCGAAAGCCGCUGCUGGAUACCUACGGAAAUGAGUUUGAAUUCCCGGACUUCACCAUCAAGCAGAUUCGGGAUGCCAUUCCUGCCCACUGCUACAAGAGUUCCACUCUCCGGUCCCUGGGCUACGUAGCCCGUGAUCUGGCUUUGGUGUCCUCCAAUUUCUAUGCUUUCAAAUUCCAUAUCAUUCCUGCGCUGGCGGAAUACCACCCUGUCGCUAGGUUCGCUGCGUGGGGAGUGUACUCGUUCAUUCAGGGGCUUUUUGGUACUGGUUUAUGGGUUCUUGCUCACGAAUGUGGGCAUGGUGCAUUCUCUCCUUCGAAGACGGUAAACGACCUUGUUGGAUGGGUUCUUCACUCCUCCCUCCUCGUCCCUUUCUGGUCGUGGAAGAUUUCCCACGGAAAGCACCACAAGGCAACUGGACAUCUUGAGCGCGACAUGGUUUUCGUCCCCAAGUCUCGUGAGGAGUACUCGCGCCGCUAUGCCGGUGGUAUUGGCCAUGACAUCGUCGAGUUGACUGAGGAGACCCCUAUUGCAACCUUGGUACACCUUAUCGGCCAACAGCUUUUGGGGUGGCCCUUUUACCUUAUCAACAACGUUACCGGACACCCCUACCAUGAGCGUCAAUCUGAAGGUCGCGGAGUUGGGAAGAGGAAUGGAUGGUUCGGUGGUGUCAAUCAUUUCGACCCCCGCAGUCCACUGUAUGAGAACCGUGAUGCCAAGUGGAUUUUGUUGAGUGAUGUCGGUAUUGCCGUGACAAUGUACUUCCUUUACCAGGCUGUUCAGAUCUGGGGUUUGGCCAACAUCGCGAUCUGGUACUUUGGUCCGUAUUUGUGGGUGAAUCACUGGCUCGUGGCCAUCACCUUCCUCCAGCACACCGACCCUUCACUUCCUCACUACCACCCCGAAUCCUGGACCUACACCCGUGGCGCCGCCGCAACUAUUGACCGUGAAUUCGGCUUCAUUGGUCGUCAUCUCCUCCACGGUAUCAUUGAGACCCACGUUGCCCACCACUUUGUUUCCAGCAUCCCCUUCUACAAUGCCGAUGAAGCUACCGAGGCCAUCAAGAAGGUUAUGGGCAAGCACUAUCGAUCUGACACCGAAGGCGGCCCAGCUGGCUUCCUACGCGCUCUCUGGCGAUCUUCCCGUUGGUGCCAGUUUGUUGAGCCCAGUGAGGGUGCCGAAGGUGAAGGAAAGGGGGUCGUCUUCUUCAGAAACCGAAAUGGUCUUGGUGUUCCACCUGUCAGCCAGGAGAAGAUUGUUUCUAGAGUGCCUUUUGAAAAGAAGGGCCCUGUUGUUCAAGUUGCAGAGGUUAGCGACUCUGAGUAAAUUUGUCAUGGUAUUUUUCUUUUUCCAUCGUUUGUUUUUGUGAAAAAACAACCUUCAUUUUGUUUGCUACCUUUAGAGAUGGGUGUUUUUUGUCAUUUUUUCUUUCCUCCUUAAUGACCUUUUCCUGAACUAAAAUUAAAAUGAUUUUCUCAUAAAUUUUUCUUGGCUCAGACCGGGGGGUAAAUAUAAGGAUGAAACAUUUUUUUCUUCUUUUCUGACACCCGUUUAUGGUGAGUAGCUUGAGUUUGCGUUUUUUCCUUUCCAUCUCUGGUUUCCUUUUUGUUGCUGCGACAAGGUUUUUUUAUGUUUUUUCGCUCCCUGAGGGGAAUAAAAUAAAAGUUCAUGAGGUAGGUAGGAUGAGAUCAGGUAUAUGAUAGUGGGCUAGAGUUGGCUGGCUGUUGGAGUGGCU